GGUACUUUUCAUUUCGACAGGAAGAUGAAAUAUGAAAUGUUCCUCUUCGUCAUGUUGGGAAAAAUACUGGCGAUAUUAUGUGUAGCUGGUGUCGUUGCACAACGCGUCGAUGCGCGAAAAAUCAGCGUCAAGUCGAAGCAUUCAUCAUCAUCGUCCCUUGACGAAGAUUCGAUGAGCAACAGCGUGCACGUUAUUCAUCAUCAGGAGCCCGACAGCCCGUUAUUCCCGGCGAUGAAAAUCAGGCACGUCUACGAGAAAGACGAAUACAUGAAGAUGGAAACAAGAGCUAAUUACGACGAUGAGGCAUCACACAAAGUCACGAGAGACGAGAAAGAACGGGCGGAAAAGCGCCGACCGUCGAAAAAGCUGUUGAAGAAAGUUCUUUGGGAGAACCAGGGAUGGUUUCACGAGGUUCUCGGGGACGGUGGGUUGCGGAAAGCGACCCAGCUUUUUGGACUGGACGAAGUUGUGGACAUUCCGAAGAGGGUUCAGGACACGAAGAAAACGUUUCAUUCCGACACGGAUAAACCCACGUUAAGAAAGAUAACAGAGCAGAAGAAAGCUACACAUAAUCUGAUCUUGUGGCAUGAAAAGGAACCUAAAACCAAAGAACGGCCGGAAAUGAUAUCAGACGCCGGAUAUCCGUCGGAAAUACACGACGUGAUUACCGAAGACGGUUACAUUUUGCAAAUGCACCGGAUACCGUACGGAUUGGCGAACGGGUCUGGUCCUGGACAAGGGCAUAAGACCCCAGUGUAUUUGCAGCACGGGUUGCUCUGCUCUUCCGCGGAUUGGGUCAUUUCUGGCCCGGGUGCUGGACUCGCGUACAUCUUGGCUGACCAUGGUUAUGAUGUUUGGAUGGGAAACGUCAGAGGAAACACAUAUUCCAAAAAACACGAGACACUGAGUCCAACCAAAGAAGCUUUCUGGAAUUUCAGUUGGGACCAACAUGGCUUGUUCGACGUGCCAGCGCAAAUGGAUGCCAUCAGCGGGACGACGGGUCAACGGAAGAUGUUCUACAUUGGCCAUUCCAUGGGCACCACCAUGUUCUGGGUGUUGAGCAAUGUCCGACCCGAAUACAAGGACCGGAUAUUGGCCAUGUUCGCCCUCGCACCUGUCGCUCAGGUUCACCAUAUGAGAUCCCCCGUGGCACUGCUCGCACCGUUUGUGGACGAGAUCAAGUUUUUACUCAGAGUUUUUGGUGACUACGACUUCUUGCCUCACGCCCGAUGGCUCACGAUUUUCGGGCGAUACGUUUGUCGAAUCCGAGCCCUGGACAAGAGAGUCUGCGAAAAUUUCAUAUUCCUCAUUUGUGGAUACGAUUCUCUGAAUCUGAACGUGACUUUGCUCCCACUGAUUUUGGGACAUGCACCAGCUGGGACUUCUACUCGGACAGUCAUUCACUAUGCUCAGGAAGUGAAUGCCAAGAAAUUUCAGCACUACGACUUCGGAAAAAUUGGCAACUUGGAAAAUUAUGGGACUCUGAGCCCUCCCGAAUAUUCCAUUGAAUCCGUCACAUCUCCUGUGAUCGCCUUUUGGGGCAACAACGACUGGCUUGCUGAACCGGUGGACGUCGAGUGGCUGACGACGCGGUUGCCAAACCUGAUCAAGAGCAUCCGAGUGCCGUUUGACAAGUUCAACCACUUGGAUUUUUUGUGGGGAAUUGAUGCUCCACAACUAGUUUAUGACCCGAUUUUGGAGAUGAUGCAAGCGUUUCAUAACUCGUGACAUCAAUCCCGUGGAACUUGGAAGAAGUUAUUCAGUCGCUGAUGAGAAGCCAAAGAUUCGAACGCAUGAAAUGUGGAUCCAUGUUUAUUUCGGGCUCGCGAUUUCUAUUUCAGGAGACGCGUUUGUGUGUACAGAUAGAACUUGAGAGCAUUAGUUUCUAUUUUUACUUCGCGAUGGUUUUGUGUUUACCUGGCGACGUUUGAUCACGUGUUUCCGUGAGGAGAUGCUUCUAAGUGUGUGAAGGAAGACGAAAAACAGACUGAUCGUUUUCACGGAAGUACAGUACA